AUGGGCUUAUGCUGUUCGGUAGAUGACCAACAGCAAACGGAACAAUUCGAUUACUUACAACCUUGCAAUCAGCAACAGCAAUCAAUUUAUCAUAAUUUACGGCGAAAUUCACCAUAUGGUGUCAGGAUGGGUGUAGUAAUGAUGACACAACAAGCAAAAGCUCUGGCCAAGGCUCCACCAGGUAUGGAAUUGCCGACUUUGGAAGCAAGAAUACGAAAAGCCAAAGCGGAAGGUCGUACUGUUACUAUUACAAAUGGCUGCAUUUAUUUCGAUUAUCAAUUAAUCGAUUACAUUCCAUCUGACGCCAAUUUUAAUGCAUGA